AUGAGCGUGCAAACGCAGAGGAAGUCGAAGGUUCUCAGUCGUAAAGAGGUAGAAGGCCUCAUCGCCAAUGGCCGGUCGAUUGUCAUAGUGGACGGUAAGGUCUUAAAGGUCGAUGCAUGGCUACCAUAUCACCCUGGCGGGGAUAAAGCCAUUCGACAUAUGAUCGGACGAGACGCUACGGAUGAGGUUACUCGUUUCCACUCCUCGCAGACACUCGAACUCAUGAACCGCUACCAGAUCGGCCGUGUCGAGGCACAAUGGACGAACUUCCUGCCGCCUAUACAAGGAGGAAAGUUCAGGACACAGGAGGAAUUAGAGAGACUAUCCGCCGAAGCUUACACCGAGUCGUGUUCGUCUUCAGAGCAAGAUACUACAAGUUCGUCGUCCUCGGCGGAACACAGCCCUAUCUUCGAACCCGUAGAUCGAUCUACCUCCACCACGCGCAAACGAAACGCGAGCAACCUGCCUCGGGCAUCAUCAAGCUCUUCGAUUUCCUCGGUUGGCCUCGAUGAUGCUGCAAAGCCCGCGACCAUGUCCGUGUUAGACAGGCGCACACAACAAGAGCUGGACUUUGAUAAGGCCAAAUAUCCGUCUCUAGAUGCGCAAACACAAAACAGCAUCACACAAAAAUAUCGCGAGUUGCAAGACCGCAUCGAAUCUGAAGGGCUGUACAAGUGCAACUACGCUUCGUACGGCAUCGAGUGCCUCCGCUACGGGGUUUUUCUCUGCACGUUUCUCUACAUGCUCCAUGCCGGGUGGUACAUCUCCAGCGCUGUGCCCCUAGCCUGCUUGUGGCACCAAUUGACUUUCACCGUCCAUGAUGCUGGGCACAUGGGCGUCACUCACGACUUUACGACCGAUACGACCAUCGCCAUGUUCAUCGCAUCCUACAUGGGUGGGCUGAGCGCCUGCUGGUGGAAAUACAACCACAACGUUCACCACCUUGUUACGAAUCACCCAGAGCACGACCCAGACAUUCAAUACAUACCCUUCUUCGCUAUCACGCAUCGCUUUCUCGAAAGUCUCACGACAACAUACUACGAAUGGGUCAUGCAUUACGACGCGUUUGCGAAGGCAUUAAUACCCAUUCAGCAAUACACGUACUAUCCCAUCAUGCUUUUCGCACGCUUCAACCUCUAUAGGCUCUCUUGGGUAUUUCUCCUUAGCGGCACGGGUCCAAAGAAGGGUCCAGCGUGGUGGCACCGCUACUUCGAGCUUGUGGGCAUCUCUUUUUUCUGGACGUGGUUCGGCUACGGAGUUGUGUACAGAUCUAUUCCGGACAACUUCAGUCGCUUCUGGUUCGUUCUCAUCAGCCACGCGCUGACGUCACCCCUGCAUAUUCAGAUCACGCUCUCCCACUUCGCGAUGAGCACCGCUGAUCUUGGUGUCCACGAGUCUUUUGCUCAGAAGAUGCUGCGCACAACUAUGGAUGUAGACUGUCCACAGUGGUUGGAUUUCUUCCACGGCGGUCUGCAGUUCCAGGCAAUCCAUCACUUGUUCCCUAGGAUUCCUAGGCACAAUCUUAGGAGGACACAGAAGCUUGUACAAGAGUUUUGUAACGAGGUCGAUAUACCUUACGCUCUGUAUGGCUUUGUGGAUGGAAAUAAGCGUGUAAUUGGAAGACUGGCAGAUGUGGGAAGGCAGGCUUCGAUCCUCGCUGAAUGCCAGAGAGCAAUAGCUGCUGAAGGUGAUUACGGCUUGCACUAG